AUGCCGGUGUCCAUUUCGUCCCCAGUGUUGCUGGGUGGCAAGUCUUACUUACUCGAACUCCUCUUCCAUUGUGUCUUUUAUGGCACUCGUCAAACAUUCGAUACCGUGAAGGAAGAGGGGCCGUCCAACUCAAAGGUGUUGCAUCUACUCGAUAACAACAUUGGUCUGGAGUCAUUUUACGAGCGACUAAGCGAGACGUUACAGCGCCUGGGAAUUGACGAAGCUCGCCACUUUUCCAUCAUCCGACUCUACGCAGUGGACGGUGAGGUGGGCUCAGGUGUGAAACGAGACACUCAGAAAGGUCCCACCGGACGCCUGGACAGAGCCGCUGCUGAAGCGGAAUUGAACUCUUUCGCAGAUGAGUUCAUGUUAGAGGCUACACUCACACGCAUCUCUGUUGACACCCAGGAUACUCGGGAGGCUCUUCGCAAUGCGAAACAUCGCCACAACGAAGGGUCUUUGUGCAGUGGUGCCUUCAAUUAUUUCGAAGACAACACCGACAAAUUCACACAACUGCAUGAGCUCGUGAACAAGGUUAAAGAUGGUCAGGAACUCGACACUGCAGAGUUUGGCAAUUUCAAGGCUUGGGUCAAGAACUUGUUCGAAGCAUACCUGCUGCAGUUCAACGGUGUUGUCCUAUCUACAACAACUGCGGCCUCUAACUUUUUGUUCCGAACUGCUUUUGCCCCAGAGCUAGUCUUGGUUGACGAAGCUUCAACGAUGCGAGAAUUAACAACCAUGAUUCCCAUCGCAUUCUUUAACCCCAAGGGCUAG